AUGGCACCAAAAUUUCCGAAAUUUGAUAUUGUGAAGGGCCUCAUCAAAUGGUCCACCGGCACCAAAACUUUUGAACUCAUCAGGCCAAAUUUCGACAAAACAUUUAUCGUUUGGGAGUUACUACGAGUGGGACUACAACAAAUGCCUAGUCUGGACGAUCUCAUUGUAGACGGGAGAUACGAUAUCUAUGGUGUAUCUCUAUCUCCAUUGUUCGACGUACUCAAGGAUGUUCAGUCUAGUAGCCUUCAAACCCUCAAAAUAUCUGACAUUUCAGGGACAGGUCGGGCCGCCUCGGUUGAGGACUUCAAAGAAAAAGAAGGAACCAGCCGGAUUACUACGUUGAAAUUGUCAGCCUUCAGCCAGACUCCGAAAGUGCUUGAAGGUCUUUUGAGAUGGCAGAAAAAACUGGAGGUUUUUAGCCUAGAAAGCUAUGCGCCUUUUACAAAAAACUGUUUUGUCAAAGAUGUACAGGAACUUGAAAGCUGGGCACGUGCUCUUGGGCGUGAGGCUGUUCGCAAAGAAAUGUCUCGUUUAGGAAAAAUCCAAAUUUUCUUGUGGGUUCGAAAGCCUAGCGACGCUGAGCAGCAUAUUCAAAACCGACUAGGUGCACUCGCUGCGGAGCUCAAACCAUACAAUAUCGAGGUGACCGUUGAGGACACCAAUUUACCUGGAAGCUAG